AUGCAAACCAUCCUCCACAAGAUCUGCAAAGCGGUGUCCAAGAACAGUCUGAAGGGCAGCGAUGGACCUCACAGCGAGUCUCCUGGCGUAACGUCAACGCACAUUCCUCCUCCUGGCGUAACGGAAACAGUCAUCCCUCCAAAUUUUCUCAAAUUCAGGACAAUCACUAUGCUACUCGCCCAGAUUCCACGCACCAGGCCACUCGAGAGUAACGAUUACUUGAAGGAUGUAAUAAUGGACGAGAACGAGCGCCGAGUACUCAAGAUAUCCGACGCCUUUGCUCAUAUAGCGGGCGGUACAAACGACGUCAUUGCAGUGACAACCAAUCAUACCGUGCCUGGCACGGACUUGCAGGUCCUGGUCACCACUCCAUCUCCUCCUGUCAGCUUACCUAGCACGCAGUCACCUAGUCGAUGGACCUUCCUGUGGACGAGGAAUGAUCAAAAGAAAGAACUCCCCUUUGCAACGCUUUCGCCCGACGGGAAUCCAACAGGGCCGCGUGAUCUCAAAAACAAACGACCUACUGAAUAUCUAUCUGCGCUUCACGAAACAUGGAUUGAGCCAUCAUUAGCAGACCAUCUUUGGUUAUUGUCCAAGGUGCUUGAAGAGAGACCUGAGGAUCUAACCAGAAAGCUCUCAAAAUACAUAGCUGCGCAAUCCCGCAAAAAUAUUGCACGUCGGUUCAGAAACAAAGCCUUGUCGCAGCCGUAUUACGAAGGGUUGAAGGGAGUGGGCGUAAUUCCGCCCUUGUCUCUGGACAGGAAGCACGAACCUCUUCAGAAAAAGGAGUUUGAAAACGAUCGACUUUUCCUGCUGGAGUUCCUGGAUCCUCAUUGCAAAGCCAAAAAGGGGAUCAGCACCCCGAUUGACCAGAUACUCAAGAAGGUUGAAGAAAGUCGGACGUCAUUCACCAUUAAUCUCUACACCGACGACACACGUGACGAGUUUCACAAACUAUUACUUUUUCUCCUCAAAGAGUUCGAGGACAGUUUAGAUCAACUAGUUCCCGACCCCGACAGUGAUCUCAACGCAGAGGUGUUCAGGCAGUCAGUGGAAAAACUCGAUUACUACGCCUAUGGACUUCUGAGGCUAGCCAGAGGCGGUGCUUUAAGAAUGCAUUUGGAACACAUUAAAGACCUGCUUAUUGAGCCCUCUUGUGCGUGGGCCGACAAGCGGGCAAAAGAUUUGGCUGAGCAGGCACCCACGCACGACGAGCGGGCAGAAGAUUUGGCUGAGCGGGCAAAAGAUUCGGCUGAGCGGGCAAAAGAUUUGGCUGAGCGGGCAGAAGAUUUGGCUCAGCAGGCAGAGGAGUUUUCUGGGGUAACAGGACCCCAGCAAAAGUCUUACAUUGCCUGGUUGCAGCUCAUACUCGGUCAUUUUGAUGCGGUUGAAAUUCUCAGUGACUUUGUCAAGUCGGGUUAUUUCGCCCAGUACAAGUCCAUCUCCAUCCAGAUCCUAAAUCCUGUACCAACAAGCGCAGCCAACCUCGAUUGGAAAACCCUCUUCUCCAACGAGAGUAAUUUUGCGACCCCAGCCAUGAACGAUUUCCUCAAGUUAGGUGUCAAGGCCGUCAAAGAUAGAAACCAGAAGGCGGGGAAAGUUAAGCCAGGCGUCGACGAUGAAAAAAUAAUGGCUCUGAGAAAAAAGCUGGAAGACCACCGUAGUGCUUACCAGUUUUUCGUAGCUUUGGGCCGUAAUCAGGACUUCACGGGCGCCAUCCAUUGCGAAGCUUAUCUUGCCAGUGUCAUUAACGCCGAAAAAUCGCUGCAUUUUGGACCGGUGAUUGGAGUAUCGAAACGUUGCUGCCCGAUAUGUAACCAAUAUCUCAGCAUCUUACGACAAGGCUCUGAUAGCCCACCAUUUUUGGUACGAGGCAACCACGGUAGAAUCUCAGCGUGCACCCUACCACCAUCGACUCCCGACCAUGUUGUGGACCUGAUGAAUCGCAUUUACGGCGGAUAUUUAUUGACCGAUAUGAACACCUUCAUGAACAAGGUCAACGGUAUACAAGGUCACGCCUUGGAGUGUUCUAGAUCCACAGGCUCGGGGAUACUUGCACGUGACAGCGAUGAUGGGCACAGUGUCGAGCGUUCGGCCCCUCCGGUCCCCGAUUUUCUACUAUAG